AUGCUUGCUCGGAGUAUUUCUAAGCAAGUGUAUAGAAUGUUUUUCCACAAAAGUGGGACCCAAAGUCAAGACAAUGUGUCUGUUUCGGGGUCAAUAGGGCUAAAGGUUUUGAGUGAUUUGCGUAACUCUAUUCCGUUUCUAGAACAAAGAGACGGGGAAAGAAUUCAGUAUCUAGAACCCCCUAUCUUCUUCCAACAAGGUUAUAGAAUCUCGGGGCUCCUUUUGUUUCCGCGUAGCUCAGGAAAGCAACUUGGCCGGGAUUUUAAAUUUAAGCUGGAGUUGGAGAACAAAAUAUUAGGUGAAGCCUUGUUAAAGAAUGCUCAAACGUAG